AAAGAAAAUAAAAAAUAAAAAAUGAUAAUGUUAAAUUAAUAUAAAAAAGGUAGAUAAUUUUUCAAGAAUAAAUAAGAAUUGUAGCAAACGCCAAUGCCACUUGUCCCCUCAGGUUGCAUAUCUCUUCAUACUUUCUCUCCAUCAUCGUCAAUCUUCCAUCAAUGGAACUCCAACCCUCAUUGCAGUUCUUCACCAACAACGUCUAUUUCUCUUAUCUUCUCCUCUCACUCACCAUCCUACUUCUUGUCAUCGUAAUCGCGCGUCUUUCUCACGGAAAGAACAUCCUCUGCAGCUGCGAAACAUGCCAGGCCUACCUCACUUCAAGCUGGUCCCAAUACUUCCACAACCUCUGCGACUGGUACACCCACCUCCUCCGAACCUCCCCCACCAAAACCAUCCACAUCCACGUGCUGCGCAACACCAUCACCGCCAACGUGGAAAACGUUGAGUACAUUCUCAAUACCAGGUUCCACAACUUUCCCAAGGGGAAACCCUUCUCUACCAUCCUCGGUGACUUCCUCGGCAAAGGAAUCUUCAACGUCGAUGGCGACACCUGGCGCUUCCAGAAGAAGAUGGCCGCCCUCCAACUCAACAACAACGGCGUAACCUUCUUCGCCUUCGAAAUCAUCAAGAGCGAAAUCCAUGACAGACUCCUCCCGCUCCUUCACGCGUCGACCCGAAACGGCGCCGUCUUGGACCUUCAGGACGUGUUCCGGAGAUUCUCCUUCGAUAGCAUUUGCCGUUUCUCCUUCGGGCUGGACCCCAAGUGUUUGGAGAAGUCUUUGCCGAUGUCAGAGUUCGCGGUUUGCUUUGACUUGGCGUCGAAGCUCUCUGCGGAAAGAGCCAUGGCGUUGUCGCCUUAUGUGUGGAAGGUGAAGAGGUUUUUCAACGUGGGGAGCGAGAAACGGCUACGGGAAGCGGUUGAAGUGAUUAACAGGUUGGCCAGAGAGGUCAUAAAGCAAAGGCGCGAAAUGGGUUUCUCUGAAAACAAGGACUUGUUGUCGCGGUUCAUGAGCACGGUCCACGACGAUGACACGUAUUUACGAGACAUUGUUGUGAGCUUCUUAUUGGCGGGUCGCGACACAGUGGCUUCGGCUCUCACCAGCUUCUUUUAUCUGUUGGGGAAACAUCCAGAAGUUGAAUCGGAGAUUCGUGCGGAGGCAGAUCGAGUGGUUGGGCCUCAUGAGGAUCUCACGAGCUUUAAAGAGAUUAAGCAAUUGCACUAUUUGCAAGCGGCGAUGCAUGAAAGUCUGAGGCUGUUUCCACCGAUUCAGUUUGAUUCAAAGUUUUGUUUGGAGGAUGAUGUGUUACCCGAUGGGACGAAAGUGGAGAGUGGAACUAGGGUUACUUACCAUCCCUAUGCGAUGGGAAGGUUGGAGGAAAUAUGGGGCUGUGAUUGUUCGGAGUUUAGGCCAGAAAGAUGGUUGAAGGAUGGUGUGUUCCAACCCGAAAGUCCGUUCAAGUACCCGGUUUUUCAAGCAGGGUUGAGGGUUUGUUUGGGGAAGGAAAUGGCUCUGAUGGAGUUCAAAACUGUGGCACUUUCACUGCUUCGGAAGUUCCACAUCGAGUUGGUGGAAUCAUCUUGUGGAAACCCUCGUUUCUCCCCUGGACUCACUGCCACCUUUAGGUUUGGCCUUCCCGUGAAGGUUCGUGAGAGAGGAUUAGAACAACAACAACAACAACUGAACCCUCUCAUUCACCUAUCCUCUUCCUAGUUAUUCGUCUCACCUACCUUGGUGUUCAUUAUUUAUGGUCCAUAUUCCAUAGCAUGAGAUUGUUUAAAGCAAGCUUGUAUAAUUAAGUUAUGUAAGUUACAUGAAGCAUAUUGGACAGUAUAAAGCUCUUAGGCUGAGUUUAGAUUCUAUCUGGUUUGUAUGAACUGAUUUUUUACUCUAAGUUGGAUACUCAACUCUUGUAAUUAACCUCUGUCAUAUUGAUCGAUCUUGAACCCUUCCAAAA